AUGGAAGCUGCUAAGCAUACUCUUCGUUAUCUUAAGGGUACUGCUGAACUUGGUCUUGAAUAUCGAGCUCAGAAAGUCUACAAACUUGUUGGUUAUAGUGAUGCCGACUAUGCACAGGACAAGCAGGACCGUAAGUCAUUUACUGGGUAUGUUUUUAUUCUGUCUGGUGGUCCCAUUACUUGGGCUUGUCGAAAGCAAGUUAGUCCUGCAUCGUCCAGCGUCGAGUCUGAGUAUAUGUCAUUGUCUGAUGCGUCUAAGGAAUGCUUCUGGAUUAAUCAGUUGUUUUGA